AUGACCCAAAAGUACGCCAAAGACCAGCCCGCCGGCUUCAUCAACCGCAUCGAACGCGUCGCCAUCGUGGGCGCCGGCGGCACCGUGGGCAAAUACAUCACACAAGAACUUCUCCAGACAGGCCAACACACCGUAACCGCGCUCACCCGCGCAGGCAGCAAAAACACCCUUCCCGCGGGCGUCCGCACCGUCACCGUCGACUAUGACGAUGAGUCAACACUCGUUGCAGCCCUGCAAAACCAACAGUUCCUCAUUAUUACAUUGAGCGUCACUGCGCCAAAGGACACCCAGAGCAAGCUUAUCCAGGCCGCUGCGAAAGCAGGCGUGCCGUACGUCAUGCCAAACUGUUACGGCGUGGAUAUCACCAACGAGAAGCUGCGGAAGGAGUCGCUGGCCGGGGACCCGGUGCGGCAGGCUUGUGCCGAGAUUGAAGAAACCGGUGUUUCGGUGUGGGUGGCGCUGGUUUGCGGUUUCUGGUACGAGUUUAGUCUGGCCACGGGGCCGGAGUGGUUCGGGUUUGAUUUCAAGGAGAAGAAGGUCACGUUUUAUGAUGAUGGAAGUACCAAGAUCAAUGUGAGCACGUGGGAGCAGUGUGGGCGGGCUGUUGCGGCUUUCUUGAAGUUCAAGGAGCUGCCGGAGGAUGAGAAUGAUUCGAGCCCGACGAGGGAUAUGUUUGAGAGCUGGAAGAGGAUUACCGGGGAUAAGGAUGAGGAUUGGACGAUUGAGUAUGAACCCACCGCUGAGCGGUAUCAGCGCGGCAUUGAGAGGAUGCAAAAGGGUGAUCGCAGGGGCUUUGCGCAGGCCCUGUAUGCGCGGGUCUUCUAUCCGAAUGGGGGUGGAGACUAUGAGAGCAGACGGGGCCUGGAUAAUGCUGUGCUUGGACUGCCUAAGGAGGAUCUCGAUGAGCGGACCAAACGUGCGAAGGAGAUGUUCGAGAGCGGCUAUUCUUACUUUUGA